AUGGAUAAUGAAUUGAGGCCCUUCCCAUGUGAUAUUGGAGACAGAUUUGACUAUGAGUGUUGUGGGCAAGAAGUACAAGUUGAGCACAUCAAGGCAUAUGUCUGCAAACCCCUUGCCAGCACGGACAAAGCUGUGAUUGUGAUUCAAGACGUGUUUGGAUGGCAACUCCCAAACAUGAGACACAUGGCUGAUAUAGUUGCAGCUCAUGGAUACAUAGCCAUCUGCCCAGACGUUUUUGCAGGAAAAGAAGCUUGGAAGCCUUCCGAUGACUGGUCCAACCUUGAUGAUUGUCUGAAAGCUCAAGAUCCCAGAAAAAUAAACAAAUUAGGGGUCAUCGGUUUUUGCUGGGGUGGUGUUGCUGUACAUCAUACGAUGCUGACAUACCCCAAAUUAAGGGCUGGUGUAUCUCUCUAUGGUCUAAUCAAGGAUUCUGAUGAUGUGUCCAAUCUGCUGAACCCUACAUUUUUCAUUUUUGGAAAAGAUGACUUCAUUCCCCUUCAUCAAGGCACCCUACUGGAGCAGAAGCUAAAGCAAAAUUGUAAAGCUGAUUAUCAGGUUAAAAUUUAUCCUGGACAAACUCAUGGUUUUGUACAUCACAUAAGAGAAGAUAUCAAUCCUAAGGAUAAGCCUUAUAUUGAGGAAGAAAGAAUGGAUAUGAUCAACUGGCUGAAUAAAUAUAUUUAA